GACUCAACGGUAACACGGAUACCUUCGUGUCCAAAAACAAUGGCGAGAAAACUAUAUCGCUCGACUUAUUUCCCUUUAAUUCUUCUAAGCUUCGCAUGGGCAUUCAGCGGAGCCUUAAGUAGCAAAGAUGCUAAGUGUGGACGACCCAUCAAAGCUAGUGAUACGGAUCGGGUUCAGUUUGCAAUGAACCUCGAGUUCUUGGAGGCUGAGUUCUUCCUGAACGGGGCACUGGGGCACGGACUCGACUCUAUCACCCCUUACCUUGCCAAGGGUGGGCCGCCGCCUGUAGGGGCAGAAAAGGCCAAUCUUGACCCGGUCACUCAACGGAUAAUCGAGGAAUUCGCAUACCAAGAAGUUGGUCACCUUAGGGCAAUCUACACAGAGGUUGGUGGAAUCAAACGACCUCUGUUGAAUCUCAGCGCCCAGAACUUCGCACAUAUAAUGGACGAAGCAGUUGGCAAGAAAUUGCAACCACCAUUCAACCCUUACCGCAAUUCGAUCAACUAUGUCUUGGCUUCAUACGCGGUCCCAUACGUUGGAUUAGUCGGUUAUGUGGGCACUAUUCCGUACCUCUCCAACUUCACUGCCAAAGGCUUGAUCGCGUCUCUCUUGGGUGUGGAGUCGGGUCAGGAUGCGGUGCUGAGGGCAUUGCUCUACGAGAAGGCAACCCAAAAGGUGGCUCCAUACAACAUCACGGUGGCGGAGUUCACAAACAAAAUCUCUAUGCUCCGAAAUAGGCUGGCAAAUUGUGGCAUCAAGGAUGAGGGCGUUAUUGUACCUCGCAAGCUUGGAGCCGAGAACCGGACCACAAGCAACAUCCUAUCUGCAGACUCGUAUUCAAGAUCGUAUUCUCGAACUCCUCAGGAGAUCGUCAGAAUUGUGUAUGGAACAGGGAGCGAGUCCAAGCCUGGAGGGUUUUAUCCCCACGGCGCAAACGGCCGUAUCGCAAAAAGCUUCCUUUCUUGAUCGAUAAAUGUAUAACGUCAUAAGGCUGAUAUGAGUAAAAUAAUCGCUUCUUCUAAAACCAGGCCGACGAACUCUCUUGUACUCAUACAGGAUCAGC